UCGGGGCGGGCUGGGUGCCGGGCGCGGCGACUUGGCGGGCGGCUGCCGUGCUCCGCUUCUCCCGCAGCCCGGAGGACUGCAACUGUUGUGGGAGGCGCCCACCGGUGCGCACCUCCCGAGAGCGCAGCGGCCCGGGAGAGGGGGAGGCAGGCCGGCCCGGCGCCGGAGGGAGCGAGCUGCCGCUGGAGAGGCGAGGAGGGAGCUGGCGCGAGCUGCCCGCCGGGACUCACGCGCAGCCGCCGCCGCCGCUGCCGCCGCUGCCGCCGCCGGCCGGCCGGCUCCCGGGACUGCGGCGGGGGCGCGCCGGCCCCGCGUCCUGGACGGCGGCGUGAGCUGGGAAGACUGACCGCACGUCCCGCGGCGGGGACCGUGGUGCACCCCGAGGGCUGCCGGGGCUACGCGGCCGGAGCCAUGCGGGCCGAGUUGGGAGCUGAGCAAACUGCGCGCGGCCGGUCAGUGCACUUGCUGACCGCGGUCCUGGGCGCACCGCCCGCCUUCUCAGCCCCUUCUCGCCGCCCGAGAGGGGACUAGAGGGAGGGCGGCGCUCCCGACUCGUGAGCGGUAUCCCGAGAUCCAAACCCUGCGGCAGCGUCCCGGCUCGGGGUCCGCAGCGGCUUUCCCGGCGGUAAUCGGACCGAAGGGACCGUCCCCUCGGGGAUGCCCGGGGCGGGUCCUCUCGCGGGCGAAGUCUCCAGGGGAUGCGGGACGACAGCUCCGGGCGCCUUCUGAGUCUGCACCCGAAGCCUUCCAUCAGCGCAGAUCCACUCCCAAGGCCGCCCCUGACGGACCGGGCCACCCGGCAGGAGGCGGGCAUGGCUUAGGAGCCUCCGGGGCAGCAGCCCGGCGUCGUUGGCUCCCGGGACGUCGCAGCAGAGGGCAGCGGGCACUCGCUGAGAGGAGUGACGAGGUCCCGGCCCGAGCACCCCCGGAACUGGGUCUCGGGGGCCACGACCGACUGAAGACCGCGCUGCGCUCUCUGGAGACGCGCGGCCCGCGCCCAGGGUGCCAUGUGGGGCGGACGCCGCCCGGCCGCCGCCGCCUCCCGGACCCCCGCUUCUCUCCUGCAGCUGCUGCUGGCCGCGCUGCUGGCGGCGGGGGUGCGGGCCAGCGGCGAGUACUGCCACGGCUGGCUGGACGCUCAGGGCGUCUGGCACAUCGGCUUCCAGUGCCCCGAGCGCUUCGACGGCGGCGACGCCACCAUCUGCUGCGGCAGCUGCGCGUUGCGCUACUGCUGCUCCAGCGCCGAGGCGCGCCUGGACCAGGGCGGUUGCGACAACGACCGCCAGCAGGGCGCCGGCGAGCCUGGCCGGUCGGACAAAGACGGCUCAGACGGCUCGGCAGUCCCCAUCUACGUGCCAUUCCUCAUCGUUGGGUCCGUGUUUGUCGCCUUCAUCAUCUUGGGGUCACUCGUGGCCGCCUGUUGCUGCAGAUGUCUCCGUCCUAAGCAGGAGCCCCAGCAGAGCCGGGCCCCUGGGGGGAACCGCUUGAUGGAGACCAUCCCCAUGAUCCCCAGUGCCAGCACUUCCCGGGGGUCGUCCUCCCGCCAGUCCAGCACAGCGGCCAGCUCCAGCUCCAGUGCCAACUCCGGAGCCCGGGCGCCCCCAACCAGGUCACAGACCAACUGCUGCUUGCCCGAGGGGACCAUGAACAACGUCUACGUCAACAUGCCCACGAACUUCUCGGUGCUGAACUGUCAGCAGGCCACCCAGAUUGUGCCCCAUCAAGGGCAGUAUCUGCACCCCCCAUACGUGGGAUACACGGUGCAGCACGACUCGGUGCCCAUGACUCCUGUGCCGCCUUUCAUGGACGGCCUACAGACAGGCUACCGGCAGAUUCAGGCCCCCUUCCCUCACACUAACAGUGACCAGAAGAUGUACCCCGCUGUGACUGUGUGACUCCAGGUGCCAACUGGGUUCCAUCACGAGACCGAGGAAAACAGGGAAGCUGUGGAGUUGGCGAGGAUUCUCAAGGUGGCAGUCCGUGCAUGCUGGGGAUGUUCAUGGCACAAUUCAUUCGGAUAGUUUCAUUUGCCCCCAAACUGUGAAAACAUCUCUCUCUGAAUUAGCUUUUGUGGAUGUUUUAUCCCAGUGCAUGAUUGAUUUAUGAUGGAAAAGGACAUCACCUGGAGAUGCCUGCAUUGGUACUGAUGGUUGUAUGACAAAUGCUUGAGCCCUUAAGUGCCCUUGAGGUAUGGCUGUCAAAAGAUUUUUGUAAACAGAUGAUUAAGGGUGUUUAUUAUAUUGUUAUUAUUAUUGUUUCUUUUGUUUUUUUACUGUACCCAGUCAGAAUACCUGUUCCUUGCCUCUUACCUGGGUAAGUCUUUUAUAAGCAUCCAAGGUUUAGGGGAAGAUAUUAAGAACACAAUUAUUAUACAAGGAAAUCCAAUUUAAACUACAUGAGAUUAGUCAUUGAUCUCAGUAUUUCAUAGGUAUUCUUUCUUUCAUUGUAAAAAGAUAUAUAAAUUGUCUAUUUUUGUGCUUUUUUUUGGGUCUAUUUUGUGCUUUUUUACCUUGUGUAGAGAUCUUAUUACAAAGUGAUUUUCUACAUUAAAAAGAGACUGAAAGAAAUUGUAUAGUUACUUAACUAAUGACAUUUCAGAACUCUGGGGUUUUAAUCUUGAAGUGGUGGGUGGUGUAGUAAUAAAGCCAUUCAUCCCCUUCUUGAUUGUAUCUUCUAAUUUUCCAACUUUACAGUGACAUCUGAGAAGUAACUAGAUUUUUUUAUGUUGAAAUUAUAAUCUAUCACCUGCUACUUCUACAAAUUACGUAUGGCUUGGCUUUUCUUUCUAUUUGGUUUUUAGAUCCCCAUGUCUGUAUAAGACCGAGUGCAGGUAAUUACUGUCUUAUAAAUGAAGAUCAGCAUUUCUGCUUAGAACUGAUAAAACAUUUCUUGUUUCCCCUAUAAAUAUCAAAGAAAUGCUUUAUAAAGGUUGAGUAUAGCUUCUCAGCCAUAAUCCAAGAUUUUGGAUGAAAUUUAAACCACAAAUAUAAUUUACUUUGCAAAUCAUAAGGCUUUUUAUACUCUUGUUAUCAAAAUGGCUUAUUUUUCAGGCAAUAGGGACUAUUAAAUCAGGAGAAAAGCUUUUCAAAGAGAUAUUGCCUUUCUUUCCCCACAAAGUUCUUGUUUUUCUCUCCUAGUCCUCAGCAAGCACUAUAUUCAUUACCAGUGUUCUGAAUUAUGAGAUUCAAGUGAGUUUGUGUAUUGUUUACUUAUAAGGAAUAAGUUUAAGUAUGUGCAAGUAAAUUUCCAACUGCAAGCCAAAACAAGAUUUGUAAUUCAACAAAUGCAUAAGGUUGGUCUUUGACACAUUUAUGCCAAUAUCUGUUAUCUUUCAUCUACCCUACCUAUCAUCUACUAUCUAUCUACCUACCUAUCUUUCUAUCUAUCUAACAAUCUAACAUCUAUCUCAUGACUGAAUAAUGUAAAACCACUGUUGGCAAUUGGUAUCUGCAAAGAUACUCAAUCAAACAUUUUUAAUAACCAAAGGCAGGGGAAAAUAAUUUUACUUAUUAAUAAAUAUUUUAUGGUAUGAAUUCCUAGGGGAGUUGUUGUUUUGUUUUUUUUCAUUUUCAUUCUACUUGCUAAUUUUAGAUGGUCUAUUAAAUCUGUUAAUAGAAUAAAAUUGCUCAAAAUUGUAAAUAUUGCUUUCUAGAACCAAGAGACUACCUUUAAAAGUAAUCAAUA